CCACUUCAAACACUUCCUGUUUAUAUCAGAGGAGAAUGACCCACAGUGGUUUGCAGCUUUAGUUCAUGUCGUUUCCAUGUGUUAAAUAACCACACUGAAGGAUUUGAACAGAGUCAACAUGGUACAACUUUUGUGCAGUUUUCUGUUCCUGCUGUUCCGCGCGGCUCUGCUCGAGGCGGCUCCGGCCGGAAGAAGCUACCUGCCGGGUACAGGCCGGUUCUGGCACAUCACCGACCUCCACCUGGACCCGACCUACCACCUGACCCCGGACCCCACCAAGGUCUGCUUCUCCUCCAAAGGAGUCCCCACCGCCAACGCCGGUGUGUACGGAGACUUCCUGUGUGACUCUCCCUACCUGCUGAUCCAGUCGGCCUUCUCUCACAUGGCUCCGCUCACUCAGCAGGACGACUUCAUCAUAUGGACCGGAGACAGCCCCCCUCAUGUCCCUGCAGACGAGCUGUCCACAGAGCUGGUGAUUCAGGUGAUCAGUAACAUGACCAUGACCGUCAGACAGCACUUCCCCAACCUCACCGUCUAUCCCGCGCUGGGAAACCACGACUACUGGCCACAGGACCAGAUGCCAGCCUCCACCAAUGCGAUCUACAAAGCUGCUGCUCAGCUGUGGAAACCCUGGCUGCAGCCUGAAGCUCUGCUCACUCUCUCACAAGGAGGUUUUUACUCCCAGCUGGCGAAGCCUGGUCUGAGGGUCUUGAGUCUGAACACCAUCCUUUACUACGGUCCUGAUAAAGCCACAAAGAACAUGACGGACCCGGCGGGACAGUUCGAGUGGCUGGAGAAAACUCUGGAGAAAGCCGCUCAGAACCAGGAGAAGGUGUACGUCAUAGCCCACGUACCUGUGGGGUUCCUCGCCUUUGCCACGAACACCACCGCUGUUAGAAAGAUCCACAACGAGCGGCUGGUCGCCAUCUUCAGGAAGUACAGUCAAGUUGUCGCCGGACAUUUCUACGGCCACACACACCGAGACAGCGUCAUGGUGCUGCUGGACCAACAAGGUAAACCUGUGAAUUCUGUGUUCGUGGCCCCGGCUGUCACUCCCAUCAAACACGUUCUGGAGCCGUACUCCAACAACCCGGCGUUCCGCAUGUACCUGUACGACCCCGAGGACUACGGCAUGAUGGAUAUCUGGCAGUACUAUCUGAAUCUGACGGAAGCCAACGAGAAACAAAGAUCCGACUGGAGGCUUGAAUAUAUCAUGACUGAAGCGUUUGGACUGAUUGACCUGCGGCCGCUGAGCCUGCUCCAGCUGGGGCUGAGCUUUAAGGCGCCGCGGAGCAAAGCCUUCGAUAAGUACUUCACUCACUACAUGGUGGGAUACAACAGCAGCAUCAUCUGUGAAGGACACUGUAAGCUCAUCCAGGUGUGUGCUGUGCUCUACCUGGACCAGCUGUCCUACUCUGAGUGUGUGGCGGAGGGAGAGAGAGAGUGGUAGAAGAAGAAGAAGAAGAAGAAGAGAGAAGAAGGAUUUUUCUCAGGAAUCUUUUUUUAUCAUCUUGAUUUUUUUUCCACUCUGCUUGAAUCAUGAAAAGGGGAAAUGUCCUGUUCUGCUGCCUAAAGAUUAUUGCAACAUUUUCACUUCAAUGCUUUUAUUUUUAUCUGCAAUGUUCCUUUCUGGUAUCCAAAGUCUUCCAGACACAACCAGUAACAUAAACUGCAUUAUUCUACACGAUAUAAACACUUGAGAUCAGAGAAAACGCAGUCAUACAUUGUGCAAUAUGUUUUAAAUGUGUACUGUAAUCCCUGGUUUAGAACAUAGACUUUAUAAAACAUGGACGUAGUCUCAGUGACGUCACCCUUUGUGGUUUCUGAAGAGGCGUAAUGAAGCCAAAUGAUGGCCGUCGCCAUUUUGGAAAAGCUAUUGUAGAGGUUAAGCCGACGCCUUAAGCCGCUGAGGCGCCGCACCUGGAUUUACUAAUUGGCGUUACCUUGUCGGAUGAAUGAAAGUCAAAGUUUACUGCCGAUCAUUUCCUUUCAUUUAUUUUACGUCCUUUUGGUUCAACAUGUCCAUAUCUCGAUACCAAAAAACAUCCACUUGUAACUCUUGCCUGCCUUAGCGGUCAAAAAACAGUUUUCCCUUCCGGGUGGAACACCUGACCGGUCACAAAGGUUCCUACCUUAUAUAUCCCUCAAUCACCCUGUGAGAUCCUAUACACAAACACCACAUAUUAUAUUAAUAAUCUGCUCCUACAGCUAUCUCAAACUAACGUGUCUAGAAACAGGAAAAGAGGCGGAGCUAAGCCGGGACUUAAGCCUCCUUGCAAACGGCUACAAGUCGACUCAGCCACUCUCUAAUUAUGCAAAUGUAUGAAUAACUUUUAGACUUGUAAUAAAAACCACAAGGACAUCGUUAGUUUGAGUUCAGUUUUUGCUCAUACGGACAUUGACUCACUUUUUUAACCAGGCUUUAAACUUCAAUUAAAGAUUUUUAAUACAGGAGGUAACGGGAACUUUCCGGUAAAAUGUCAAAGAUCCCUCAGGUCAGAACUAGCGAUGGGUAUAUAAACCUAGUUUCGUUCAAAACCUAGCCAAUGAUUUUCUGCGUUUUUUUUUUCCGAUGUCGUGUACCCCACAUCAACCUUUCACUGGAGCCAUGAUAGCGGGGCGUUAUUAUUAGUAAGCUCAUCAUCCAGACAAAGUAGGAGGCAAAGCAUUCUCCAUUCGAUGUCGAAUAUAAAACAUUCAGUGAGCAACGAAGCUGUUUCAGACAUACAGCAGCCGUUGUCAUAGAGACAAGACGAGUGUGCGUCCCUUUUAUUCUUAUUUUCCUGCCCCAAAAAAACAGAAAAACACUCAGGCCCUUAUACCGCUGUCAGUCAGCAGGGGGAGCUCUAAAUAUUUUGGCUUCACUUCGACUAGGCUGUCGUUCAGUCCAUCUUUUUAUACAGUCUUUUCCUAAACACCAAACAAUAUUCAAGUCGCAGUAGAAGGGCAGUAAGGGUUUCUAUGUCUUCCAUAAUGUGAUUUUUUUUCAAGUGUGUUUUUUCAUUUACUGUCUUUAAAGUUUGUACGUCCGUAUAGUUUUAAUAAAAUGUAGCUUCCCCAUGUUGCUUUGAGCAUUCGCAACACUUCCACGCGUGCUUGUUGAAUAUAUGAUUCCAAGCUUGUAGAAAUGUUGGCGACAUGCAUCGAACAUGUGAGGAAUGUCUAAGGGAGAUAACAUGCAGUCAGUAGGUUUUGCAUAAAUAUGAACACAGACAAAAAAUCAUGUAACAUAUCAGAGAGACUCUCGGUUUGAAGUUUACAGAUUAUUUUUCUACUGAAUAAAAAUCUCAAUUAAAACAA